AUGCCUCUGGUUAAACCGACAUCUGGAUAUAUCGAACAAUUUCUUUAUUUUUGGAGAAAUUUAACAAAUACGGCCUUGAAAUCACGAAUUGCUCAAUUACAAAUCACUAAUUCUAAAGCUGAAAUAGAAAUUGAAGCUUUAAAAAGUAAGAAUUCGAGUUUAUCCGAUGAUUUGUUGGCAGAAAGAAGCGAGAAGUUAAGCACAAUAAGAUCACUAAGUGAACAAAUUACAACAUUACUUCAUGAAAAUGAGAAGUUAAGCCAGGCUGCUGAUAAUAAUGAACCCAAGAUAGAAAUUGUAGCUUUAAAAAAGAAGAAUUUGAGUUUAUCUGAUGAAUUGUUGGCAGAAAGAAGUGAGAAGUUAAGUACAAUAAGAUCUCUACGUGAACAAAUUACAAAAUUACUUGAUGAAAAUAAGAAGUUAAGCCAGGCUGUCAAUAAUAAUAAUACUUGGCAUGAGGCUAAUUGUGAUUCAUGUGGGCUUCAAAUAAAAGGAUGCCGUUACAAAGUAAUCUUCAUACACUUCUCACAAAAGAAAUUUUUGGUUAUUUCUCUCUUAUUAAAAAUCAUUCCUCAAAAAUAG